CCGGAAGUGAAUUGGACUCACAAGGAAGGCGCCGCUGCCGUUCCGGUGAGGACCAUGAACGCUCCGCCGGCUUUCGAGUCCUUUUUACUGUUCAAGGGGGAGAAAAAGAUUACCAUAAACAAGGACACAAAAGUACCCAACGCCUGCCUGUUUACCAUUAACAAGGAGGAUCACACGCUUGGGAAUAUCAUUAAGUCGCAGCUACUCAAAGAUCCCCAGGUCCUUUUUGCCGGUUACAAGGUCCCUCACCCUCUUGAGCACAAGAUCAUCAUUCGCGUCCAGACAACACCCGAUUACAGCCCCCAGGAAGCCUUCACCAACGCCAUCACGGAUCUCAUCAGCGAGCUUUCCCUCCUCGAGGAGCGCUUCCGGGUGGCCAUCAAAGACAAGCAAGAAGGCAUUGAAUAGGAACACAGCCUCUUAGCCGGCUGGUUGUAAAUAAUUUCGAUUUUCCCAGACGUCUUGGCUACUGAGUAGCAAGCUCGUGAAGCAGGCGGCUGAACUGUUUGUAAGUGACUUAGAGGAAAGUGUUUCUCUGUUGGCUAAUAAAUUUUUCUUUUGCUUUUAAUCUGAAA